GUGCACGCAGAACACAAUGAGAGCAUUCCAAUGAGGCGAAAUAAAUAAAAUAAAUAAAAUAACCAUGAAAGGGAUCUAUUAUUAUAUAUUUCUAUUUCUAUUUUAUUUUUAUAUUGUAUGUUUUCGCUAAUGGAUAAACGUCGUGCCCAGCUUCGCCAUGACUGCCAAAGCUUGGCCGUGACGCAUGAUAUCGAACCACGUUGAAUGCGUGGCUGGGAGCAAGGAAGCCGGAAAUCCCUGCUUGCUGACGAGGCCUCUUGAAUAUAACCAAACCGGAUUCUCUCUCCUGUGCUACAUACUUUUGUUUCUUCAUGACAAUUCUCUUGUAUUUUUAAUUCUCCCUCAAACAAUAUAUCCCAUCUACAACUACAGACAACUUGCAGCACCCAAUAUCAGAUUUCUAUACCCCGCGAAUCCUAUCUGAUAUCACCUGCGCUACCUCCACGAAAUUAUCAUCAUCGCCAUACAAAUAGCCUCCUGACACACAUCACAUACAAAAUACACCAUGAGAAUAGCAACCUGGUGGUCUACGGCGGCAGCACUCGCUCUGUGCUGUAGCAGCCCAGCAGCAGCCCAAACAUGGAGCAACUGCAACCCUCUUCAUACAACAUGUCCUCCCAACACCGCCCUCGGCAUGUCCGUCAACGUCGACUUCACCCGCGGGUCCGUCAACUCGUUUGCCGCCUCCGGAUCCCCCAAGUACAGCAAGACAGACGGCGUAUCCUUCACAGUAGCACAGAGCGGUGACGCACCGCAACUCGGCUCGCUCUUCUACAUCAUGUUUGGCCGCGUCGAAAUCACCAUGAAGGCCGCCCCCGGCGCAGGCAUCGUGUCCUCGCUGGUCCUCGAGUCCGACGACCUCGACGAGAUCGACAUUGAGUGGCUAGGCGCAAACCCGGACGAGAUGCAGAGCAACUACUUUGGCAAGGGCCUCACCACUACAUACAACCGCGGCCAGUUCCACAGCGUCAAGGGCACCCAGAUCCAGUGGAUCAAGUACACCAUCGACUGGACGAAGGACCGUAUUGUCUGGAUGGUUGGCGAUACCGUCGUCCGCGAGCUCAAGCAGGCCGAUGCCGCUGCCAACCAGUAUCCCCAGACCCCGAUGCAAAUCAAGUUUGGGUCCUGGGCUGGCGGUGAUCCUAGCAGAAAUGCCCCGGGUACAGUCCAAUGGGCCCGCGGACCGACGGACUACUCCAAGGGCCCGUUUAGCAUGCUGGUCAAGAGCCUUUCGGUGACGGACUACUCUACGGGCAAGGAGUACAAGUACAAGGAUACCUCGGGCUCGUGGACGUCGAUUGAGGCGGUUGGCGGAGCGGUCAACGGCAAUGCGAAUGGAAAGAGUGCCAUUACUGUCACGGCCACGGCUGCAGGCACCGCUGCGACGACGUUCAUGUCUGUUCCCGUGGGCGGUAUGGGUAAAGAUGGCAGUGCGGCUACGGCUACGCAGACAGGGUGGCCGUGGGUUGGCACUGAUAGACCGACUGGCGGCUCGAUUCCUAGCGGCUGGUACAUGACGGCAGAUGGCAAGAUUAUGCGAUCACCCUCCUCGGCGGCUAUGGGGAUGAUGCCGUCGAUGCCGCUGCUUGUGACGAUGGCCUCGUUUGCUGCUGGAGCUGCUGUCUUUGCCGCCAGAUUUGCCUAAGAGUGCCGUGGAUGACGAUUGAAAUGACUUGUUGUUACAAAAAUUGCAUUAUACACCUAUAGACUCGUACAGUGGCGGCGAUUCACUGGACGAUGCAUUCCUACGGCGUUUGUUUUUGAUAUUCUAUAGAACUUUCAGCAUGUAGACAUUAUUGGUUCACAUGGCCAUUAUAAUAUACGGGAGACGAGAUUCAUUGUUGUCUUCUUCUUCUGUCUUUCACAUUUCUUGUUUGAAUUGCUGCUAUGCUUGUUGAUACAGGAGCUACUGUAAACCGUGUAUAAAAACUAAAGGAAAAAAAAGAAUUGUUACACUAUCCUGCCGCCACUGGUUUGGGUUUUCAACGUUGCGCCGAGGCUCUUUCAAAGAAGGAGCUGUUUUCAAGAUAUUCUAUCAUAUAGAAAUGCAUAUAUAAUAGAGCCUGGUUCGUCCUUGUCCAAGUUUUUGUUUUGUUUUACUUCUAGCCGAAUACCAUUUCCCACCUUCUGCGCUGCGCCGCCGCAUCAUAAUACAUAAUGAUAAACCAGAUAAAAAACAUGAAAAGGGAAACGAUCAGUCCGUCCAAAGCGAGCGUGUACAUGCCUUGCUUCUCUCUUUUUUCUUUUCUAUCCGGCCCUGUCUGCGCCGAUGUGUCCCAAGAAGAGAACAUGCAAAUAAAAAAGGUCAAAAAGAUAAUUUCUUUUAAAACUCCCAGUCGUCUUGGUCUUCAACAGAUUUGAUGGCCCAGCGGAACUUGUCACGAAGCGUCUUGGAGAAGAACUUCUCAAUGGGGACAUCAAAUUUCUUGGAGAAGACAACCGUCAAGCGAGGAUCAAUGUAGUUGAUCUUGGAGGUACCCAGGGCGACCUCCUUGUUUCCAUCGCGAUCCUCAGCCUGCGUCUCCAAGACCUUGAUACGCUCCUCAAGCUUGUCGACGCCAGCCAGGUACUUCUCGACGGUUGGUCCACGGCCCUCAGCCUCAACCUUGCCAGACUUGUUCUCCUUCUUGAACUUGGCCUCUAGCUCCUUGACGGCGACUAGACGUUCCUUGAGAUCCUUGUCAGGCAUCGGCUUCUCCUUGUCGGCCUUGCGCUUCUCGUUUUCCUUUUCAAACUUCUUGGUGGUCUUGGUGCGAAGUUCCUCAACAAGGAACGCUUGAUGCUCUACAAUCCAUUCCUGGUCGAGAUCCUCGUCAAGCUCAAAGUAGGCAGCACCCUUCUUCUUCUUUUGCGUAGGGUCAAUGUCAAGCAUCAUCUUCUUUGUGCGCCACUGCUGGUAUCGUAGGCCCUUGAUUCGGUCUCCCAUCUUUUGCAUUUGCUGGUCGUGGCUAGCUCCCACAGUACGCUUGUGGUUACAGAGAAUGGCGACUUUUCGGUUGCAGUCGUUGUAGAGCUUGACCUUCUCCGCAAUCGUUCCCUUAGAACGAGGGUCCUUGCCAAGCUCCUUCAACAAGUUGGACAUUGUCCACGAGGCGUUGUAGGUACGGAAGACCUUGGCCGUCAAGCCCUGCAUGUAACUGUUGAGAUGCUUGUUCAGCUGGGACGUUGUGAGCCUGUCGAACAAAUCAUCUCCGUCAGACUUGGGCGCCUUCUUGAAGAGCUUCAGAUUCUUGAAAACUUGCGGCUCUACCAGGGCUGUUUCGUUGUAUCGGAUACUGUCCUUACCCAAAAAGUCAAAAGUAACCUUAUUGGGAGGCUCUAGCGAGAUGUGCUCAUACUUUAACGAGCAACAACCAACAGUGUCGGCCUCGUUUUCUGUAUCCUUUUCGUUACCAGCUCUCAGAGCAAGCUUGUCAAUCAGAUACAUGGCGGUGGCUCUCUGACGAUCCGCCAUGACCUCGCUCUUGAGCUCCUUUGUGUAAUCGCGACGAAUCUUAUCAAUGUGCUUCUUGAGGGCGCGCGCCUUUUCAAACUUCUUGAAAUCACUCUGGCCCUUGACAUCACUGGCGGCGCCAAGCAUGACGUACUUGUAAGCACCGUUGAUGUUCUCCUGCCACAUGGCAAGCCAGGUUGCGCGCUGAUCGUGCUGAACAGCCUUCCACUUGUGACCAGCAGGGGGAGUCGGCACCUUGGCAUGCUUGCCAAUGUUGAUGGUGAUCUGUUCGGGCCAGACUCGGGUCUUGACUCUGCCAGUCUUGGGAUGCUCACCACGACCUCUAAAGAGACUGGGAGGUUCCACGCGGAAGUUGCCGACUCGCUGUUUACGUCCAUCCCACAGGCAGUGGAGAUAAGGAGCUUCCAGCUCGUCCUUCUUGGCUUUGGCCUUCUCCUUCUCUUCCUUGGACAAGUUCUUGGCCUUGUUGGCCUCGGUUCGGGUGUUCCAGGCAUCAAAGAUCUUGGUGAAGUCACACUUGUCCAGUGACUUGAUGGUCACCUUUUCGCCCUUGUUGUUGCGAGCACCCUCUUUCUUGACCACUUCCGAAAAGUCGUGGAAAAAGUUGUUACGGAAGACAGGGUUAUCCAAGUGAUGCGACGAGGCCUGAGUCAUCAUAGCACACCAAAAGGUAGCAAUCUCUUCCGCUUCCAAGCUGAUGUUAACAGGCUGGCCAUCAUAGUUGAGUUUGGCGCUCUUGGGGAGGGGUUCAUAUUCUGGCGCAAACAAUACACCGUUGUGCUCCAAGGUUUGCCAUUUGAUGGUAUCAUCUUCUGGCUUGGGCGCAUUCCACCACUCGUAUUCUUCCUCUUCUUCCUCAGCCUCAGCCUUGACCUUGGACUUCUUAGCCGGGGUCGUAGUCUUGGCUUUGGUCUUCUUUGCAAUAGGGACGUCUGAGUCGGACUCUUCCUUCUUGACACCAUUUGACUUUCGGCCAGAGGUAGGUCCGUUGCUCUUUCGCUUAUUAGCUGAAGAUCUCGCAAGGGGCGCGUCGUCGUCGGAUUCGUCUUUGAUGGCCUUUUUAGGAGUCGACAUUGCGCGAAUGGCUUUGGCUUCCCGCGCAGCCUUGGCCUCAAUGGCCUUCUUCUCCUUGGCCAGCUUCUUGACUAGAGGCUCCUCAUCUUCAGAAGAGUCUGCAAAGACGGGCUUGCUAGGAGUUGAUGUUUUUCUUCGGGCUUUGCCGAUCGGCUCGUCAUCGGAGUCGACCUCUCGUUUGGCAGCCUUGGGGCGCUUCGC